AUGUAUGUCAAGCAGAUUAUCAUCCAGGGCUUUAAGAGCUACAAGGACCAAACGGUCAUUGAGCCCUUCUCUCCCAAGCACAAUGUCAUCGUUGGCCGCAACGGUUCUGGCAAGAGUAACUUCUUCGCUGCCAUUCGCUUUGUCCUCAGUGAUGCCUACACUCACCUGGGCCGAGAGGAACGCCAGGCCCUUCUCCAUGAAGGCUCAGGUUCUGCCGUAAUGUCGGCUUACGUCGAGAUCAUCUUCGACAACUCGGACGAUCGAUUCCCAACCGGAAAGCCAGAGGUCGUGCUUCGACGCACGAUUGGUAUAAAAAAGGACGAAUAUACCCUUGACCGCAAGAAUGCCACCAAGAACGACGUGAUGAAUCUUCUCGAAUCCGCCGGUUUCUCUCGAUCCAACCCGUACUACAUCGUACCUCAAGGUCGAGUCACAGCACUGACCAAUAUGAAGGACUCGGAACGUUUGGUUCUCUUGAAGGAGGUUGCUGGCACCCAGGUCUACGAGGCACGCCGCGCCGAGUCUCUCAAGAUCAUGCAUGACACGAACAGCAAGCGAUCCAAGAUUGACGAACUUCUUGACUUCAUCAACGAGCGUCUGGCUGAAUUAGAAGAAGAGAAAGACGAACUCCGGAAUUAUCAAGAUAAAGACAGGGAACGGCGAUGCCUCGAGUACACAAUCUAUUCCCGCGAACAGCACGAAAUUGCCAAUGUGCUUGACAACCUGGAGGAACAACGGCAGAAUGGCGUCGAAGAUGCAGACAACAACCGUGAACAGUUCAAUGAGGGCGAAAAGGCGAUGGCUCAGAUUGAUGCUGAAAUUGCUGAAUGUCGCCAGCAAAUUGAAUUCCUGAAAGUUGACAAGGCCCAAUUGGAAGACGAGCGCCGUGAGGCUUCGAAGACGCUGGCCCAAGUCGAACUUCAGGCCAAGUCUCUCUCUGAUAAUCAAGCUGCUGCGCAGGCACUUAAGUCUCGUCAUGACUCCGAUCUCAACUCCGUCCAAAGCGCUAUUCGCGAGCGUGAAUCUGAACUGCAGGAGCUUUUGCCGCGCUUCAACGCUUCAAAGGACCAGGAGGACGGUGUCAAGGCUCAAUUGACCGAGGCGGACACAUCCCGCCAGCGUCUCUAUGCCAAGCAGGGCCGCAACUCGCGUUUCAAAAAUAAGUCUGAGCGAGACAAGUGGCUGCAGAUGGAAAUUCGAGAGGGCAACCGGUCGGCUACGACAGUGCGAGGUGUUGUGAUUCAGACUCAAGAAGACAUUAAAGAACUAGAGGGCGAAAUCGCACAACUCGAGCCAGAAACCGAACAGCUCCGCAAGCAGAUUGACGGACGUGGUGACACGAUGCAUUCUUUCGACCAGCAGGUUCAGAAUGCGAAAGAUGAGAGAGACCGUCUGAUGGACCAGCGAAAGGAGCUCUGGCGAGAAGAGGCAAAACUCGAUUCCGUCCUCUCCAGUGCCUCGCAGGAAAUGGAUCGUGCUGAGCGCAGCCUUUCUCACAUGAUGGAUCACAACACCAGCCGUGGACUCGCAGCUGUUCGGAGAAUCAAGCGCCAACACAAUCUGGAGGGUGUCUAUGGUACGCUGGCUGAACUUUUCGACGUGAGCGAUAGAUAUCGCACCGCUGUUGAGGUCACCGCUGGGCAGAGUUUGUUCCACUACGUUGUUGACACUGAUGAAACUGCAACAACUGUUCUGGAGAUUCUGCAGAAGGAGAAGGCCGGCCGUGUCACUUUCAUGCCCCUAAACCGUCUUCGGUCGAACCCCGUGAACAUGCCCCGUGCUAGCGAUACGAUUCCCAUGAUCGACAAGCUCCAAUUUGAUCCCGCCUACGAGCGUGCCUUCCAGCAUGUAUUUGGCAAGACCAUCAUUUGCCCCAACUUGCAGGUCGCAUCGCAGUAUGCACGCAGCCAUGGCGUGAACGCCAUCACUCCCGAGGGUGACCGAUCUGACAAGCGCGGUGCUCUGACUGGUGGCUUCCACGAUUCGCGCCAGUCUCGGCUGGAUGCCGUCAAGAACGUUGGCAAGUGGAGAGACGAAUACGAAACUAAGCGAAACCGUGGAAUAGAAAUUCGCAAGGAACUGGAUAAGCUCGACCAGCUUAUUACCAAGGCUGUUGGUGAACUACAGAAACUUGAGCAGCAGCGACAUCAGGCCCAGAAUAGCAGCGGGCCAUUGCGACAGGAACUGCGCGGCAAGCGAGAGCUGUUGCAAAACAAAACAGAUGGCCUUGAUGCUAAGCGUCGUGCUCUCCGCAACGUUGAAUCCAACUUGGCCGCUUUGCAUGACCAGGUCAGCGCCUUCGAGGCCGAGCUGGCCUCGCCCUUUCAGAAGGCUCUCACAAACGAGGAAGAAGCCCGCCUGGAGACCCUCAGCGGAACAGUGCAAGACCUUCGGAAGCAAUACCAGGAGCUUUCUUCUGCGCGCAGUGAACUGGAGGCUCGCAAGUCUGUGCUGGAGGUCGAACUACGGGAAAAUUUGAACCCUCGCCUGGAUCAGCUCCUGAACCACGAUAUCGAUAUGGCCGAAGAAGAGGUUCAAGGAAACUUGAAGGAAACCCAGCGCGAACAGAAGCGCCUCAGCCAAGCCUUGGAGAAACUCAACAAGCGUAUUGAGCAGGUCGACACUUUAAUCGAGGAGCAAAAUAGCCGUGCCAAUGAGCUCCAACAACACAACUCCGAAACUCGGCGCGGCUUGGAGGAUCUUGCCCGAUCUAUCGAGAAGCAUCAGCGACGAAUGGAGAAGAGUAUGCAGAAGAAGGCUGCUCUUACCAAGCAGGCCGCUGAGUGUGCUGCUAAUAUCCGGGAUUUGGGUGUUCUGCCGGAUGAGGCUUUCACCAAAUACAAAAACACCGACUCCAACGUGGUCGUCAAGAAGCUGCACAAGACGAACGAGGCUCUGAAGAAGUAUUCACAUGUCAACAAGAAGGCCUUUGAACAGUACAACAGCUUUACCAAGCAACGUGAGACCCUUACCACUCGUCGUGAGGAGCUGGACGCGUCGCAAAAGUCCAUUGACGACCUCAUUUCGGUUCUGGACCAACGCAAGGAUGAGGCGAUUGAGCGUACUUUCAAGCAGGUGUCUCGCGAGUUCGCCAAUGUUUUCGAGAAGCUGGUUCCGGCUGGCCGUGGUCGUCUAAUCAUCCAGCGUAAAACAGACCGGUCACUGCGACCAGAAGAUGAGGUUGACUCCGAUGACGAGGAGGCUCGCCAGAGCGUCGAAAACUACGUCGGUGUUGGCAUCAGCGUCAGCUUCAACAGUAAGCACGACGAGCAGCAGCGUAUCCAACAGCUGAGUGGAGGUCAAAAGAGUCUCUGCGCUCUUGCUCUGGUUUUUGCUAUCCAGGCCUGUGACCCGGCACCCUUCUACCUCUUCGACGAGAUUGAUGCCAACCUGGACGCUCAGUACCGUACUGCGGUUGCGCAGAUGCUCCAGUCCAUCUCCGAUUCGACCAACGGCCAGUUCAUUUGCACCACUUUCCGACCGGAGAUGGUUCACGUCGCGGAGAAGUGCUAUGGUGUCAGCUUCCGGCAGAAAGCCAGUACCAUUGACGUGGUCUCCCGAGAGGAGGCACUCAAGUUUGUGGAGGAGCAGAAGUCGUGA